AUGGCUGCUGUUUAUCCAAGAACUUGUUACAAAUGUGGUGAAGUCGGUCACUUAGCUGAUGACUGUCAACAAGAAGAAAGAUUGUGUUACAAUUGUCACAAACCAGGACAUGAAUCAAAUGAUUGUCCUGAUCCAAAACAAAAUACUGCCAAACAAUGUUACUCAUGUGGUGAUGUAGGUCAUAUCCAAACUGAAUGUCCAAACCAAGCUCAAGGUGCUAAAUGCUACAACUGUGGUCAAUUUGGUCACAUUUCCAAAAACUGUGAUGCUGCCCCUUCCUCCACUGACCACGCUCCAAGCUUUAAGAGAUCUUCUGGUAGAGCUUCUGGUACUACCUGUUACAAAUGUGGUGGUCCAAACCAUUUUGCUAGAGACUGUCAAGCUAACACUGUCAAAUGUUACGCUUGUGGUAAAGUUGGUCACAUUUCUAAAGAUUGUCACUCUGCUGCUGGUGGAUCCAAUUUUUCUGCUAAAACCUGUUACAACUGUGGAAAGUCUGGCCAUAUCUCAAAGGAAUGUACUGCUUGA